AUGCAUGGGCAGCAACCACGAGAUAUCACCGGCGGCAACACACUGGCGCACACGUUCGAUGAAGAAAGAGCCACGGCUUCACCUCACCCGUGGCACGCACAAACCAAACCAGUGAACCAAAAGGAGGAGGCAACACCGAUCACUCCACGGCGCGUCCUCAACCUCAAGGCGUUCGACGAGACGAGGGCGGGCGUCAAGGGCCUGGUCGACGCGGGCGUCACCGCCGUCCCGUCCAUCUUCCACCACCCGCCGGAGUCCCUCGCCCACGGCGCGCCUCGACCUCAUCGCUUCACCGUGCCGGUCAUCAACCUGUCAUCCGUUGUGGAGAGCGCCAAGCGAGCAGAGGUGGUCGCGCAGGUGAGGGCGGCCGCGGAGACGUUCGGCUUCUUCCAGGUGGUGGGCCACGGCGUGCCGGAGGCGGCCACGUCGGCGAUGCUGGCGGCGGUGCGGGGCUUCAUCGAGGAGCCCGUGGAGGCCAAGGCGCCCUACUACACGCGGGACACCGGCCGGCGCGUCCGGUACCAGAGCAACCUCGACCUGUUCCAGUCGACGGCGGCCAACUGGCGCGACACGCUCUUCAUGGAGAUGCCGCCGGCGCCCGAGGAGCUCCCGGCGGCGUGCAGGCUCGUCGCGCCGGAGUACGCGCGUCUCGUGCAGCAGCGGCUCGGCCGCACGCUGCUGGGGCUGCUGUCGGAGGCGCUGGGCCGCCGCCCCGGCCACCUGGAGGAGGAGCGCGGGUGCCUGGACGGGCUCAGCCUCGCCUGCCACUACUACCCGGCCUGCCCGGAGCCGCAGCUCACCCUCGGCACCCCGCGGCACACCGACGCCAGCUUCCUCACCGUGCUCCUCCAGGACGCCGUCGGCGGCCUCCAGGUGCUCGUCGACCUCGACGGCGCGGCGGCGUGGGUGGACGUGCCGCCGGUGGCCGGGGCGCUGGUGGUGAACGUCGGCGACUUCCUGCAGCUCAUGUCCAACGACAGGUUCAAGAGCGUGGAGCACCGCGUGGUGUCCAACGGCGUCGGGCCACGGGUCUCCGUGGCGUGCUUCUUCCGGACGGACCGCGCCGCCGCGCCGACGAGGGUGCUAGCGCCGAUCGUCGCCGUCGGCGAGGAGGCGCGGUACAGGAGCGCGACGGUGGAGGAGGUGGUCCAGCAGUACUACAAGGUCAAGGGCCUCGCCGGUGCCUCUGCACUGGAGCACUUCAGACUCUGAAUCUCAUGACUGAAUCCUCCAAACUUGUAUAUUCACUCUGCUAUGUCUGCUCUGCACCGUCCUCCGUCCAUGCCUUCUGAAUUUUGAUUUGAUGCACAAAGCCAAAUAGUAACAAGUUGAGUGCUUCAAAAUCAAAAUAAAAUCAAAAUAUUGGGGUCGGUAAGCGAUCGGCCAGAAAGAGCAGGGCAAAAGUAACAAGCAUGAAUUCAAAGUUAUAAAUUUUUUCCAAACGCCGGCCCAUCAUCACUUCCUCUAUGGCCACUCACACAGCCACACUGCCUUUCUCCUCUCUAGAGGAGCCUUUCGGCGAAAGUUGAGCGGUCUGCAGACUAGUUUACCCUGUCUGAUGAGCAACCGGCUGUUGAUUACACACUGAG